AUGGUAGAAGACAAAAAUUCAUCACGAGAUACAGUACAGAAAAGUGGACAUAUUGUACUUCAGAAUGUUUCUUAUGACAAGGAUGUUGUGGAGAUAAAAUUGGCAGAUGAUAUUGAUUCUGAUAAUUAUGGUGAUAAUUUUGUCAAGGAUGUCUGUGUUGAUGAAGGAGCACUACUUCAUCGGAUGACAUCAGAAGAAAAACCACUAGACAGAAGGUCAUCCCCAAAUUUCAGUUGCCAAAUGAUUGAUGCAGAUGGUGACAUAAGAUAUGGGAAGAAAGAUUAUUCUAGAAUAUCUGUACACGAACUAAAACCAGAAGUAGUUUCAGGUGUUGACUUUGCCCCUCAUUGUAACAACGAGAAACAGCACUCUUCUCGCAAAGAGUACGACCUUGAAGAUCGGAUUGAUACUGGUUUCGUUGCAGGCAAUCCUAGUGAGAAAAAGAUAAGUUUGCAAGAGUUACUUCUCCUUGAAAGUGCAGAAGAAUCCCGACAUUCAAGCACAAUAAACUCCGAGAGCAGUGAAAGACAUAAGUGCCCUCUUCAUGAAGAAGCAGUUGGACAGACUUCCAAGGAUGGCGAUCCUGAUGUUCAGACUAUUUUGGCCAACACCAGUGAGUAUGUUAGUAGUGGUAUAUCAAGUAAGGAGAAUGCCAGUGGUUGCCCAGCAACGACGCCUGGAGACCAUGAUACAGCUACAGCAUUAGACGUGCGAGAGCCACAAAAAAUUGAUCGGCACAACCCUUUCGUUGAUCAUAGGUCACUGGAGGAUACAUCGGUACCUGAGUGCUCUAUACCAGGAAUCACAGAUGCUGCCUCCACAGAUUCCAUCUACUCUAUUCACAAUGUCACGGGUGGCACAGGAUUAGAUGAAGUUGAAACAUCUGAACCAGGGGCGGAUACUCUUAGCACAAGUAGUUCAGAAAUUCAAUCAUCUGAAAAGAGCAAUGAUCACAGCGAAAGUAUUUUUAGCAAGGCAAUCGCUGGUGCAGCGGAUGAAACCACAGUUGCUACAUCUUCAACCCCUAACAGUGCUGAGCAUAGCGAUGCAUAUGGGAAGAAUCAAGAAAAACAUGAUCAGAUAGAUGAGGAGCACAGCAUAUGCACAGACGAUGCAGCCAGUAAGAGUUCUACCCUCGCGCAAGAUGGAUCUGUGGUCCAACAAACCGUGCCUGGUAGUUCGAAGUCAACAGCUCGCAUCGGCAAUGAAAAUACCUACGAACAGAAUUUCUCUGGUCCAAGUAUAAUGUCUGGCCCAGUGUCGAUGUCAGGUCAUAUAACGAAUUCUGGCAGCAUCUCUCUCCGGUCAGAUAGCAGCACAACUAGCGCCCGGUCCUUUGCAUUUCCAGUGCUGCAGAGGGAGUGGAUCAGCAGCCCCGAGCAGGAGCAGGAGGUUGACGGCCAUAGCUUGCCUGAUUUCGUAGUGCCUUGA